AUGAACCUCCGCGCCGCCACGAUCUGCCUCCUCGGAGGACUCCCUCUCCUCAUCAACGCGGGCAACACCACCGUCGUCAAUGGCGCCGAUGGCUUGAAGACCACAGUCGUCAAGAUCAAGACGACCAUCACAACCACCGCCACGGUCACUGCCACGAUUGAGGAGCCCUCCUCGAUCAAGAACCCUCGCCUCAGCAACACCACUCACCUCACCACUCACAUCUGGUCGCUCCCCACAGACACCCCCAAGUCUAAGGUCGCCAACAGCAAGGCCAAGCUCGCCAACCUCGAGACCGAGAUUCCCAAGACCAUCCUCUCCAAGGCCCUCACCAACACCACCCUCGCCAGCAACAUCGCCCUCGCCAGCCCCAACUCGACCACCACCCACACCCACCCCUCCAUCACCGUCAUCGACAUCACCGCCACCAGCCCGCGCUCCCCCCUCGACGACAACAAUCUCGACGACGGCACCCUCGCCCCGGCCUCCGACCCCGCCGCCGGCUUCAUCAAAACCUGCUCCGCCUGGCAGGUCUGGGACGCCAACAACGUCCUCUGGGCCCGCUGCCGCGCCCGCGGCCGCGGGAACAUGUACUGGUCCCGCAUCGGCCUCGACCACAUGCUCGGCAACGUCGGCGGCCGCCUCGUCUACCAGCGCGAGGGCUACUUCUCCUCCUCGUGCGUCUCGUGCCAGCGCCGCGCCCGCACCACCAGCUACCUCCAGUGCGAGUGCAAGGACAACCAAGGCGAGUUGCAGACGACCAGCAUCGAUCUGAACCGCUACCUCGGCAACAGAGACGGCUUCAUCUGCUCCGAGUACAUGUGUGGUGUGCGCGAGGGACCCCCGCCCGGUUCCCGCAAGUGA